ACACUAACCUUGACCGUGAAAAACUAUAUAAACGGGGAGGUUUCAUUCUACUCGGCCAUUCUUGUCAUCAUACCAUUCAAAGCUAUUGCCUUUUGAAUACCUAACCCCAAAACAUCACACAAAAUGCCAAUGAAGUAUACCCCAAGAGCUGAAGGUUUGGGGAAAAAAGCCACCGGUGCUCAAGUCCCCAGGAAGCAACUCGUUAUUGGGGGAAUACACCAUUUCAGACGAAAUCAGCCACAAGAUUUCCGUGAAGCCGGGAGACGUGUUUUUUUCCCCCUAAGGGCACCACCGUCACCAUCUCUGGCGGUACCGAUUCCUGCGGAUUAGCCUAUUUCUGCAAGUUGAGACCAGCUUUGUGACUGCCCUCAAUAAUUAAACCUUUUCUACCGACUGAACUAUCAGAAAUU